AUGCCACCCUCGACUCCUCGCCGCCCGCGAGCCCCUACACCAGCUGCUCAACCCCGAGACCAAUGGCAACUUCCACCCUUCUUCCUCGGCAUGGUGGUCGCGGCUUUCCUCUUCAUUGCCGGCAUGUCGGUUAAGCCUGCUGUUGGAGAAUGUCUUGUGACGAGGUCGACUGUGCGGGUUAAUCCGUUGGAUGUCCAGGAACAUAUGAGAUAUCACAAAGCUUGUGGAUUGCCGGAGAUGAAAGCUGGAGAGUUUCGUUGUGAGGGAGGGGUUUUUAUGGGGGAGAAUCCGGUGGUCGAGAGUCUCAAUAUCAAAUGUCCUCUUACCCUUACAGGGGUUCGUAAUGGUAAAGAGUACACUCUUGAUCUCUUCGAUUGGACUCCGACGUCGACACGUCACUUAGUGAAGCGCGAGCCAGACUUGCAAGCACCAAUCGAAGAGACCAAAGGAAAAGGAAUUGAUGUGACAUAUCCUGAUUUCAUCGUCCGUUGGCGACAAGGCGAGGAGGACGACACAACGCGUUUCACACUAAACCGGGGUCAUAUGUUUCCACAUCUUUCAGGGAAAUAUAUGGAGGCAUACAAGGACACUAUACGCGACCUGCCACAUUAUUUCCCUCUGUCAGACCUACAGAUGUCACUAGUUUCUUGGUCAGAGAUAAAUGAGCUGGAGACGUCUCGAUACCACCUCAGGCUUGCACUCCAGUCCACUAAGCCUGGCAAGGUGACGAAACGCUUUCACGCGAGACUUCAAUAUCAAUGUGUGAAAGAACAACCCAGACUGACCCUUCUGCCGCCGAAUGGAACUGCAUUCUUUGGUAUGCCCGGAGAAUUCGAGCCGGUUUUCUUGGAGGUCGUUCCUCACUUUGGAGCUAAUGGCACAAUGAUUGGACAUUCUCGACCUGGAUGCCGUCAAGGAGCUCCCUGCGUCUGGUCCUGGGGCCAUGCUGCAAGGAAGGAUUUCGAAAGUGGCGAGUCUGAGUUUCAAGUACUGGUCAACCUUCAUUCUAACAUGGGACACGAUGAGCUUUGAGGAGUCGACUCUAAUUGGCUUACGCUUUGGUGGCACACCACAUGGUCAUUACAGAUUGCGCUGUGGACUUAUCCUCUUUGCACGUUGGGGAUUCUCCGCCAGUCAUCUUUCUCUCUUGUCAGCAUCAAUACCAAAUGUACUUAUGGUUUCAUCGCAGUUGAAAGAUUACCAGGGGACGUUCGGAUUAUCACUUUACUCAGUCACAAAGCCGAGCAGAUAGAUUUAGUGUUUUCAUAAA